AUGACGGACAGUGACACAGGGCAGCUGGGAUUAUUGAUCUUUGAGGUGGCUCUGGGCUUCCGAGUGGGCCAGACAGCUGAAGCACGCCCCUCUCACCUUGGCAUCCCCUCCUUGAAGGAUCAAACCAUCCGCCUGCCCCCAGACAAGCCCCACUCCCAGCGCAAAAAGCCUCCAGCCACCAAACUUGUUAUCCAAUUUGACCUGCUCUCCAUCCACCAACUUUGGUUGGCCCUCAACUCCGAGUUUGAUGUCCAGAGCUGUCUGCUCAACUACAAGCCUUCCGGUCCACCACUGCCCAUCCUGUUCCAUCAUCCCCAGAAAACCAACCCCUCAUCUGAGGAAUUGUCAGCCACUGUGCUUGAGAUCCCCCGCAACCUCAUCUCCAAUUACCUUGUCCAACCCCAGGACCUACCCGCACAUGAUGGCCAGUCUGGGAGCCAUGCCAACCUCAACCUGGGUCUCCAGCCGCUGCUAGACUGUUUAGGCAAGGAAAUCACAGAGCUAGCGGUUGCACUCCAACAAACCUUUGACCUGUCAACCUGCAUUGCCCUGAGCAACGCACCCAGCGUGCUUGACAUCCUGUCCACCCUCUUCCUCUGGCUCAAGCCCCGGACCAUCCUCAUGCCUGUCCAGGGCCUCUGGGACCACUGGAUCACCAUCCGCAAUAACCUCUCACAGAUCACCGCUAGUGGGCCCGAUGGCAACAAGGCUGGCAGCGGCAGCGGGUUUGAGAACUUUGGCGGACUCUUGGGCUGGAUCCAAGGCAUUGUAGGCAGCAAGCUGCCCGAGACGCACAAGAGCACGUUGCAGGUCUGGUUCAAAGCCUUGUACUGCUCCUCAGGCAUCCCCAACGCCCUCCUCAGCACCACCAACCCCCGCAUCUUCUUUGCCAUUGCUCCCAGCCUCUUCAAACAGUCAUUCAAUGCCCUCAACGUCUGCCUCAUCAACCUCCAGACUUUCAGAGACGGCCUCAGCUACUUUGAACAUAAACUGCUCAUUUCUUGGGCUGCUGUUGGUGUGCUCGACAAACUCUCCAGGCUUGGCCCGAUCUCCUCCACCUUGUAUCCAACCAACCUGCUUGAGAUCCUGAAAGCAAUUCUGCUCUUGGAUGCAAUCAGGGCAACGGCGCUGCAACUUGUAGCCACGCACUUGCAGAGCGUAGUCUGUGCGUUCGCCAAGGGCACCUGGCGGAUGCUGGCGGCUCCUUUAAGAUUGGGUGCAGACCUGAACUGGCGGGUGCAGCUAGAAGUGGAUGCAAUCAAGCAACGGUUGAUGGUCUUGCUGGCCGCGGAGACGUUAGCCCCGGCGAGCUGCACUCUUCACGACCAAAUCUCCAGAAAAUGA